AUAAAGGGAAAUUAUUCUAAGGACCAACUUUCGAAGAAAAUCAUCUUCAAAAACAUGGAUGAUGAUAAUAAGUGGUUUGUUUUGGAGGGAAUGAAAGCCACUGUGAAACCACCAGAAACUGUAAAAGACGAUCAACCUGUUGCUGGUACUGUACAAAAUGAUAACUGGUACUCCUUGGAGGGUGAAUUUGCCACUCAACAAAGUGACGAUUCAAAUGUACAAGCCAGUUCUUCAGGAAAUGUUCCUUUAAUAAGUAAUUCCAUUACUAACUCCUUUAUUUCAAUGGCAUCUCAAGCUACCAUGUUUGACACCAACCAACUAGAUACAAACCUACUUAUUGCUAGUAUAACAGAUAAAAACUCUACGGAAAACGAUAAACAUGGUCUUGGUGUAGAUAACGAAAAAAGUUCAGAAACUAGUCUUAGUGGAUUACGUUUAAAUCUUCAAGAAAGCAUUGAUGGAGAAAUUUCAGAAUCUCAUCAUAGUUCUAGCAUUAAUUCAACUCAUUCAGUGUUAUCAUCAAAUUUGCCAUCAGCGAAUGAAGCUAAUAACACCAGCUCAUUGUUGCAAAGAGCACAAAAUGCUAACUGGUCAUCGUUUUUAUCGAAUCAGAACUCUACCCGCGAAAAAGACUCUCAGUGGAUUAACUUACAAAACAGCAACAACAUACAAGACAUAAGCAGGCCUGAACCUUUAGGCUUUGCAAGAAACGAUACGGGAUUAAACAAUUUUACGACUUCCAUAAGUAGUUCCAUAACCUCCCCUUUAAGUUCCAGUGUCAUGCCUGCCUCGGCUAAUAUCACUAAGGAAACAGCGAGUUUAAAUAUAUCUGAAAAUUCAUUAAACUAUUCAAAUGGUAAUGCUAAAGAACUUUAUAGAAAUGUUGGUAAACUUGAUAACCUUCAAAAAAAUUUAACUUCAGAAUUAAGUAGUAGUGAGAAUGAUAUAGUGAAGCAAACUUCACCUUCUCAUGAUGUGAAUUCUCAUCAAGUUGUUUCUCACGAUAUUAAUUCUGAAGAAGUUAAUUUUUCUUCUCUAUCUUCGUCGCUUACCAUGCCUAGCUACAAAGAAGUCUCGCCAAAAAGCCGUAACCAACACGAAACGCCGGUCACGAAGCUUUUAGGUUCUACAUACAAACAAACACAACAAUUCUUGAAAGAUUUAAAGAAUGUAAAACUAACCUAUGAAAGUGAUAAUGUUAAUAUGUCGACUUUAGACGAUGGAAUUUCAUUUACUAUGACUGGUACGCCCUCUAGAAGUGAAUCUUGCCAAAUGGGAGAGAGUCAACUCCGUUACGCAGAUCUACCAGCUCACAAUGAAGAUGUUUCGGAAUCUUUGGGAAACAAAAAUGCUUUAAUCGAGCAAGACAUUACGUCGGCUUCAAUUGACGGCUUAAAUUUUAACAAGCUGCCAAUCAACUUUAAACAACAAAACAAAGACUCGUCUCAAUUAAUCUCUGAAUUGGACAGUAGCGUAUCCAAAUCUUCUUAUGGAAAAAGAGACUCCGAGGGGGAGCUUUCGUUAAGUGAAUUAACAGAUCCUUUACGAGAUAUCUCAAAUUUAAGUAGCACAUCCCAGACUGCCAAAAGUAAAACUUCAUCGAGCUCAACAGUCAGGCAAAAUAACUUGGAACCCAUUCAAGAGGUUUUAUCACCAGAUUAUAAAAGACAAUCCCCUAGACUACACAAUGAAAGCCACUUAACGAAAAACAACCGUGAUCAAUUUGUACAUCGUCCACCUACCGGCGAUGUCCAACCUUCCUCGAAACCGAGUAGAGGUAUUUACGACAUUAGAAAUUCUACAAGCCCAGGAAGCUCUAAUAGAAAAAGAAUCUUAUCAGGUAAACCGUUUAAAUGUAAACCGAACAGUUCAACUAGCGAUCCGUUGCUAGUGUAUGUGUCGGAAGAUUCGAAACUAACAGAAUCGGCUCUGUCAAAUUCUUCACAAUACCAGCCUUAUGUAGAAGCUGAGCCGAAUGUUCUCUCCUCUGGAACAUCACGCAAUAUGCUCAAUUUAACCAGCAGUGAGGACAACAGUCUGAAAUACGUUGCGGAUUCUCGAAUAAAAGAAAUAGCUGAUCGAGUUCUUUAUGAUUAUAAAUCGAAUACUGACGUCUGUGAAACAUCGCGACCAUCGCAUGAAACAUCGCAGCCAUUGCAUGUAACAUCGCGCUCAUUGCAUGGAACUUCGCAGCCAUUGCAUAAAAUAUCGCAGCCAUUGGGUGAAACAUUGCACCCAUUGCAUGGAACAUCGCAGCCAUUGCCUGACUCCCACAAAAACUUAUUAGCCCAAUCUAAAUCAACUGACGACCCCAGUUCGACUCCAACGGAAUAUACAGAUGGCUUGUUGGCUUCUGAUAGUACCUUUUUCGCUGAUUCUUCGUCAAAUGCUGUAACACCUGUUGAUAACAACUGGUCAAACACUAAACGUGAAAAAAAAUCACUUUCUAUUCGUCCAACUUCAACUGUUAAACCUUCAAAUUCUCAAGACAGAGCAAUUUCAUCACAUUCCUCAAAAAUAAGAGUACCGUCAGUGUACGAAAACCGAAGCGGAUUCCCUACAGCUAACCAACGUACACCCAGUGAGGAAAACAACAAGACAGGAAAGAGCUUGAACCGAUUGUGGGAGGAUUUUAAUUCAACAUUUAAAAGGGGAAGCGAUGAAGAAAGUCCCGUUAUAAAAAAGCUGGAGUUGUUUUCUCAAAUUUUAAGCGAGCAAAAGAAAAACAGAUCGACGAGAAUCAGUAAGUCGAUCACAAGUGACUCUUCUUCGUCCGUAACUUCCACCCCAUUUGAAAUUCCGCAUAAUCGAAAGCAACCACGGAGGAGGAUUCCUCCAACAGAAAAUGUUAAGAGGAUUUCAAAUGGAAAAAGACCUAGCGCUUGUCCGUAUUGUCAAAAAAGGGAAGUUGGUACAAAUUGUCCGACUCCAUGUACGUCUGAUGUGGAGGCUGACAGGCCGUUGAUGCUUCAAACCUGGACACAGACAACACCGUCCUUCUCGCUUUCUGGUCACUAUAAACAAAAGUCGCAGACAUAUGAAAUAAACACUUCUAAAAGUGCUAGUAGGAAUAUGCUUCAUAAACCAAAGCGGAGCACCUGGUUUAAAGUCGACAAAGAAAAUAAUCAAAAUAUUGAAAAUACUGGUGGUAAAAUAAGUGGAAAACUACAACGAAAAGAUACUUAUAUUAUCCGAUCGCCCGAUAAAUCAUCCGCAGUGAGAUCUAUGUUAAGUGAUUCAGCACAAAGGACUUUUAUUGGACAAAGUGAUACUGGUGAAAGCGAUGCGACUUACAAACAAAGCAAAAAAAAACACAAACAAGGCGAAGUAAAUUACACGGCCUGGUUUCAAUCGAUGCGUUCCGAUGUUUCAGAUAUUUUGCCUCUAAGUGAAGUUCCAAAGUUAUACAUCAAAAGCACGUCGGAUGUGAAACAAAGAGAUGCUAUCUUAAGUAAUGGGACUGAAAACACCCUCAGUUUGCAAGACGCUUUUAAAGUGUACAAACAAAAUUUUAUCCAUCGUUCAAAACAACGUGUGCAGAAUGUUAAAGAUGCACGAUUAGAUAUCAAACAUGGCAGAAAAAUGCGAGUGAGUAGAGACGUCUACAAUGAACGUGGAGUCAAUCGGCAGAAAUCACAACAACAAAAGCGGAGCAACAUAAAACGAUCUGAUUCAGCAUGGCGCCGGAAAAUAAUGAUGGAAAAACGUCCAACGUUUUUUCAACGACAAGAAGAAGAACAUCAUGCCAUGCUUCGUAAGAACAGAUUGAAAAUGAAACAGUAUGAUUUGAAUAAUCGUCAAUUGUUUCUACAUCAUCGGCCAACAAAACGAAGCGGCGUGUAUUUUGCUGAAAGACAUUAAACAUUGUUCUGUGAAGCGAACUGUUCCAAAAUCCAUGUUAGUGAUCAACUUGAAAUGUUUGCUAAAUUAACACGUGUGAAUUUAAAAUACGCUUUAACUCGCCUAACACUGGAUUGUAAGAUGGUUAUGCUGAUUCUGUUUUAGAGUAGACAUAGUAGUUUUGUAGAUAGUCGCGCAAGUUUUUAGCAAUUUUAAAUUGUAUAUUUGUAAAUAUUGAACUAAGUAUUUAUUUCGCUCAUUA